UCAUAUUCACGCCUCGGGACUUCGGGAAGCAUGGACAUCCUUACUCGUCUCUGGACCUUUGAGCGUUCAACGGAUAAGGUUGACGGUCAGCCGUAUUGUAGGAAAUGCGUAGCUUUACUCGGAUCCGCCCAAGGCUUAGAUGACCUCUGUUCCGAGACAGGUUUUGUUCACCACAGCAAGGCAGAUUGCUUGAAAAGCGCCCAAAACGGCUGUGAUCUGUGCGAGUUUAUAUUUCAGCGUGGUUGGGUACCCUAUUCCGGCACCGCGCCCCAUCCGUCGGCUAGGUCAUCUCGCGACGGGAACCAUGCUCUCCAACUCCAUUUCUUCGCUGUGAAAAUGGAGGAUUAUGAUCCAUCCUAUCGCCCUUUCUUCGAAAAUUACAAACCCCAUAGUAUCAAGGGAACUGAGAUGCUAAUAGGUCGUAUUCGGCAGAAGGGCUGGUACACAGUUAUAGACUUUGUGCCCCUCGCUUCUAGGGAUGAUCCUGCAGCGGAAAUCUUUCCGAAGAGACCCUUUUCCAAUACAUUCAUGACCGACGAUAUCAUGAAUGACAUCGUAAAUUGGAUUCAGACAUGCCUCAGUUCCAAAGGUCACGAUGGAUGCUUGUAUGAUGGGAAACCCCAACUUCCCACUCGUGUGAUAGACGUUGGAACACCUGAGUCCAAUUCCAUAAAGAUUCACACGACUGAUGAGGGGGAGUCUGAUGAUUAUGUCACCCUGAGCUAUUGUUGGGGUGGGCCGCAGCCACUUACCGCAAAUUCGAACACCGUUGUGCAGUUGAUAAACGGAGUCCAUGAGUCUACCCUGCCACCAACAGUCCGAGAUGCUGUACUUACUACUCGUCGUUUUGGAUUUCGGUACCUCUGGGUAGAUGCGCUUUGUAUCAUACAGGAUAAUGAAGACGACAAAAGGAGAGAGAUAGGCAAGAUGGGGCAGAUAUACCGCAACUCGACAGUAACAAUAGUGGCUGCGCAUUCUCGUAGUGCCAUGGGCGGGUUUUUAAAGCCGGAACUAGGACGAACCCAAACGCCAUCAUUUCCCAUGGCCGUGAAAAUCCCUGGAUCCGAUACCAAUGGCCAAGUUACUCUGACAUUUGCAUUAUCUAGUAUAUCAACCAUUCAACCCCUUGCCACACGAGGUUGGGCUUUCCAGGAAGCCAUGCUUUCCAUGCGAUUGGUUACGUUCUCCGAAUUCGAAGUGUACUGUGAGUGUAACCGGAAACCGGCGACCUUGAUAUUGAAUAGUGGGAGCAGGCGUCACUUGUCAAGUCCUAUGCGCCAUGGCGGUAGAUUAUACGCACCAGAUGGUAGGCUGUCUAAUCAACUUCAGCAGGCUCACCAGGACCACGGGCCCGGUUGGAUGGACAGCGACUUCCUAGUAAACUCAUGGGAAAUGAUUGUGACCCAGUUCACUCGUCGUUCUCUCACGUUCCCGGAUGACCGCCUUCCGGGUGUGCAGGGCUUAGCCAGUGAAUUAUUACAACAUCUGUCACCAGACGUAGGAGGUGAUUAUGUUGCAGGUGUUUUUACGAACUGUCUCCCGCGUCUUCUCCUGUGGAGUAGAAGUAACGUCUCAGGUCCACUUGACUGGCCGGAAGGCGAGGAGGAUGCCCAGCCUCGUCAAAUGAUUCAGACAGAGAGGUCUAAGCGUGCACCAACUUGGUCGUGGGCAUCCGUAGAUUAUCCGAUACUCUACUUUACUGACGAAUGGGAUACGUAUGACUGCACUGUUUCCGUUGUGCAAGGUCUGUCUUCACUGGGGGCCGAAGAGGUUGCUCAGGUGUCAAUGCUGGAUCAAGCAGGGUUAACUAUCCUUGAGAUAGAGUCUGAGCUUCUAUAUCGCAAUAGACAUGACUUCGAGGAUGAUCGAACUUCUGGAAAAAUUCGCGCUAUAAUGGAUAUUGAAGCGAAUGGGCCGAUAUACCCAGAAGAAGGCGUAUGGUAUCUGUUUCUCUCGAAAAACAUUGGUCCUGAAGAAUGGGCGCCUAGUCAGUCUGGACCAACGGCUAAGGGGUCCCUCCGUUGUUGGUACGACUCAGGAAUCAUAGUACAGAAACGUAAAGAAGGGCUGUAUAGCCGAAUAGGUUAUUUCAGGAGAGACUACGAAGACGACUCGAAAAGCGAGGAAUUAUUGUGCGCCAGACAGAGAAUUCACCUUGUUUGAAACCUAACACAAGACAUCAUGUAUUGGUAAUAAACCUAAUCUUCAGCCCUUCAUAUAUCUGGGAUAUGUUAACAAUUAACGAUGAAUACCACCAGUUUCUUGUAACAAGACCUACUAGAUCACUCUCAAGUUGUCUCCAAAGCACGACAUAUAAGGUGCUUAUUUUCUAUUCUUAAUUGCCUUGUAUGCAAACCAGGUCCCUACGGCAGUAGCUAUGAAUCCAAGAAUACCAACAACGAUACCAAUAAUCCCACCCGUGCGAUCAUCAUCACCCUGAUUAGCGUCACCGCUAGAUGGAAUAUUUGUAGCUUCCGGAACCCGAGUUUCGCUGGGAU